CGGCCCGCGGGCCCCAUGGCGGCGGUGAGGGGGUACCGAAGGGCGGCCGUGGCGGUCGCUGCGGCGCGGCCUGGCGGGGGCGGCCCGGGACGGGGACCGGGACCAGGACCGGGUCCUGCCGCGGAACCGGCCCCGCAGCCGGUCCCAGAACCGGCCGCCCCCGCCACAGCCGUGCUCUACGUGCACUGGCCCUACUGCCGCAAGCGCUGCUCCUACUGCAACUUCAAUGCCUACGUGGUGCCGGCGGUGGAUGAGGCGGCCGUGCGUGCCUGCCUGGUGCGGGAGGCACACACCCUGCUGCGCCUCAGCCAGGUGCACAGGUGGGUGCACAGAGGGGCUCAUGGCAGGGUACGGGGGCCUUCAGUGCCCACCUGCAACUCCCCACCUCUGCCCUACAGCAUCACCUCUGUGUUCUUCGGUGGCGGCACUCCCAGCCUGGCCAGCCCUCACACCAUCGCGGCGGUGCUGGAGGCCGUGGCGGGGGCUGCCCAUCUGCCCGGCAGUGCUGAGGUCACUCUGGAGGCCAACCCCAGCUCCAUGGACACAUCACGGCUCACUGGCUUCAGGGCAGCCGGUGUCAAUCGCCUCUCCAUUGGCGUCCAGUCACUGGACGACGCCGAGCUGCAGCUGCUGGGCCGGGAGCACACGGCGGCGGAGGCGUGGAAGGCCGUGGAAGCAGCGCGGGGGCUCUUCCCCGGCCGCACCUCCAUCGACCUCAUGUUCGGGCUGCCGGGGCAGAGCCGGGACGCCUGGGCCCAGGGGCUGGAGGCGGCGCUGGGGCUCUGCGACGACCACAUCUCCCUAUACCAGCUGACGCUGGAGCGAGGCACGGCACUGGCGGCACAGGUCCGAGGGGGGACCCUGCCCUUGCCCCCCCAGGACCUGCUGGCCGACAUGUACCAGACAGCCCGCACUGUGCUGGUGGCCGCCGGCUUCCGCCACUACGAGGUCUCCAAUUUUGCACGCAAGGGUGCCCUAAGCAACCACAACCUCUCGUACUGGUGGGCUGACCAGUACAUCGGUGUGGGGCCAGGUAAGGGGGUGAGGGGGAGCCAGGGGCAUGUGUGUGUGGCCAUGUGCCUCCUGAACUCUGUUGUCCCCCUCCCUACUGCUGCAGGAGCUCAUGGGCGCUUCAUGCCACGGGGUGAGGGCAGCUGCAGCCGGGAAGCCCGUGUCCAGACGCCGGAGCCUGUUGCCUGGAUGCGGGAAGUGCAGAGCCAGGGACACGGCACCAGGAGUCGGGUGGUGCUGAGCCCACUGGAGCAGCUGGAGGAGGUGCUCACCCUGGGACUACGCACAGAUGAGGGUGUCACACAUGAGCGCUGGGGGCACUUCUCCCCCCAGCUCAGCCUGCAGGCCGUGUUCGGGGUGCCAGGGGAGGCUCGGGUGCUGCAGGAGCAGGGCUGGCUGCUCCUGGAUGGCAGUGGCCUGCGGUGCACCUGGGCCGGCCUGGCCGUGCUGGACUCGCUGCUGCCCAACCUGCUGUGCCAGCUGCAGCGGCACUGGGCACUGCCCGGUGCCCACCGAGGGGGAACCCAGCGGGGGACCGACACAGACGGACACGGUGGCCAGAAUGUGGGGUCUGUGAGCGGCCACAACGGAUAAUAAAACACAAGAGCUGUG